AUGCGACCAACGAGCCCCCAAAGUCUAUCACACUCCGAACCCUUUCCGUACCGUCAAUUGACCAUUCUUGCAAUAUGUCGACUCUCCGAACCCAUUGCGUUCAUGUCCAUCUUCCCCUACAUCUACUACAUGAUCAAAUCCUUCCACAUCACCGACAAUGAAGAGAGCAUCGCGUUAUACAUGGGCAUGGUCAUCUCCGCCUUCGCCUUGGCGGAAGCCAUGUCAAGUUGUCUCUGGGGCCGUCUAAGCGACAAGCUGGGCCGCAAGCUCAUCCUCCUGUGCGGCCUCGCGGGUACCGGGGUGAGCAUGCUCGUCUUCGGCUUCGCCACGAACAUCUACGUCGCCCUCCUCGCAAGAGCGCUUGGCGGUCUGCUGAACGGCAAUAUCGGCGUGCUGCAAACUACAAUCUCGGAAGUGGUCAAGAAUGAUGCACACAAGGGAUUUGGCUUCGCCCUCAUGCCGGCUGUCUGGUGCGUUGGAGCUGCCAUUGGCUCCGCUCUUGGAGGCGCCCUCGCGGAUCCGGUCAGAAGCUACCCGGGCGUCUUCAAGCCGGGCUCGUACUUGGAUGAAUACCCAUAUCUGUUGCCGAACCUGGUCUGCGUGGUGGUUGUGAUUGUCGCCAUUCUGGUCGGAAUCUUCUACCUCGAAGAGACGCAUGAAGACUUGAAGGACCGCAGAGACUAUGGCCUGGAAAUGGGCAAAUGGGUCGAGUUCAAAUUACGGCCCUCGAAAUUGGCACACCUUAUGGGCUCCAAGGGCCGGCCAACGGACGAAACGCUCUCCCUUCUGAGCGAGGAGGAUGCACCUCCAGGCUACCAGAGCACGGCAGGUUCUCCGGAUCUCCGAGCCACGUCAAUCGGACUGCCUCCUCCAUAUCAGAGCAUCGAAGGCGCCUCCUUGACAUCCACCAAACCCCACUCUUCCGCAAUCGAACCGUCCGACCCCCGCCCUCUACGCUCCAAGCGCAGCUCGAGCGUCUGGCACACCCUAACGAAACAGCUCAUGCUGAACGUCGUCGGCCUCGGCAUCCUCGCCUACCACACCAUCUCCGCCGAGCAACUGCUCCCCGUCCUCUUCAGCAUGCCCGAGUCCGACGCGCCUCCCGCCCUCCCCUUCCGCUUCACCGGCGGCUUCGCCCUCUCCACCAAAUCCAUCGGCGGCAUCCUCUCUCUCCAAGGCGUGCUGCAAAUGUUCGCGACAAUGGUCAUCUUCCCCACCAUCCAGCUGCGCCUCGGCACGCUGUCCACCUACCGCCUCGCCGUCCUCACCUACCCCUUCCUCUACCUCCUCGUCCCCUACCUCACCCUCGUCCCCGGCAACCUCCGCAUGCCCGCCGUAUACGUCAUCCUAGUCUGGAAAGUGACGGCGCAAGCCUUCUCUUUCCCCGCGAAUAACAUGAUGCUCAGCAACGCCACGCCUCGCACACAGCGCGGCACUUUCAACGGCGUCGCCCAAUCCUCCGCAAGCCUUGCGCGAGCCAUCGGCCCCUCUGUCUCCGGCCUCCUACAGGCCGCCGGCCUCUCAAAACACAUGCUCGGCCUGCCCUGGUGGGUGAACGCGCUGGUCGCGACGCUAGGCGCCGUCAUGAGCCUCAUGAUGGUCGAGCAGGCCUCGACCAGCUCGCACGACGAAAAAGAGGAUGCCGAGGACGAAGAAGCGGCCAUUGAAGCCCUGAUUGCCCCCAUGGUCACCGAUUCCGCAGACGACGAUGUGGCCAUGAUCGCCGCCCGGUCGCCGCCGGAAGUCAUUUCGAUUGCGCGCCCAACGUCGCCCCUGCUUACGCGGCUGAGUCUGGAUCUUCGGCGGAACACCUCGUCGUCUGCGUUCGAUGUGCGAGGUUGA